CUUUUCUGGUGUCGGUGGGAUGUUGGUGGUGAAACAGGUUUUCUAACAACAGAGGAGAGGCAUCUUUAAAGACGACGUCCGUCUUCAUUAGAGAUGAGAGGAGCAGCUAUGAGUUUAACUGCAGCAGCGAGUGGAUUUGUUGUCUUCCUUCUCUCUGUGUCAGUGAUACAGGGUCAGUAUGGCUGGAGAGUGACUUACACCUCUACUCAGAUUUGUGCCUUCAAGGGAUCAAAAGUGGAAAUACCCUGCAGAUACACAUACCCAUCCAGAAUAAAAGGCCUUGAUACCAAAGUUGAGAAAAGAUUCUGGUUUACUGAAUUAGGUAAUGGUGAAACUGUGGAUCUGACAACAAUCUCAGAGUACACACAGCGUGUGCAGUAUCACUGUGAAAACAACGACUGUACUCUGAGAAUCUCAGACCUGAGAGAGAGAGACUCAGCUGAGUACAAGUUCAGGUUCACAACAAACCAAGAUGUGAAAUAUAUUGGUUCACCUGGAGUUACUCUGUCUGUCACAGAUCUCCAGGUGCAGGUGAGCAGAUUAGAGGUCUCUAACUGGGCAGAGCUGAAGUGUCAGAGCAGUUGUCCUCUACCUGGUCAUCCUUCCUACGUCUGGUACAAGAAUGGACAGAACAUUCAGGGACAAACAUCUGAUUCUUAUUCAGCCUCCUUUGAUCCUGCAGACAGCUUUUCCUGUGCUGUAAGAGGACAUGAGGACUUCCCCUCUCCUUCAGUGGUGAUACAGGGUCAGUAUGGCUUGGGAGUGACUUACACCUCUACUCGGAUCUGUGCUGUUAAAGGAUCAACAGUGAACAUACCCUGCAGCUACACAUACCCAUCCAGUAUAGGUGGCGUUGCUACUACAGUUAAGGAAAUAUUCUGGUUUAUUCAACAGUUUGUGGAUCUGAAAACAGUUUCAGAGUAUUCAGGCCGUGUGCAGUCUGAAUCUAACAACAACGACUGCAGUCUGAGAAUCACACAACUGAGAAAGAGAGACUCAGCUGUGUACAAGUUCAGGUUCACAACAAACCAAGGUCUCAAGGUGCAGGUGAGAAAGUCUUCUAACCAGACAGAGCUGAAGUGUCAGAGCAGUUGUCCUCUACCUGGUCAUCCUUCCUACGUCUGGUACAAGAAUGGACAGGUCAUUACGGGAUACACGUCUGAUUCUUAUUCAGCCUCCUUUGAUCCUGCAGACAGCUUUUCCUGUGCUGAGUAA